AUGCCCAUCAUCAAUGGGUCAGUGGUGCAACGGGUGAAGGUAAAAUCCAUUGAAAUGGGUUCUCAGCAUCUGCCUGAGAAAAGUUUUGCCCUAAAUGUGAAUGGCUACAUGGUCACUACAGAGAAGGGAGAGACUGAAGCAUCGUUUGGCACUGAGAUACGGGCUGUAGAAGACGUGCUGAGAGUUGGUAGUCCAUCCCGUCCACUCUGGUCUGUAGUGGACCAUGCUCCUGUUCUCUUGUUGCCAGGAAUACCAGGCUUGACAGCUGUGCUCAUGACUGCUACUGAGUUCCAGCAUACAUCCCUUAUAGAGGUGAGUGCCACCAUCAGUUCAGCAAAGACCAGAUUUUAA